AAAGGAGGGUAUGGUGGUGGGGGGCACACAAGCUAGGGUGUGAGUACCCUAAGUGUAUUCUUCUGAGAUGUAGGCCAUUCACUAACUCUUGAAACAGCUACAGUUUCACAGUAGGAAGGCCCCCCCAGAUUCACUGCCCGUCCCUUAAUAAAGCCUCUGAGACCUUCCUGAACACUCCCUUUUGUCUCUGCCCUCUGUUCCUUCCAGAGACCAUGUGCCCAGGCAGAUGAAUUCCUCCCGGGCCUGAGAGGAACUGCAGGAAUUCUCCUGCCUCUUACACGUAAAACCCCAACUUCUCUAGCCCUAGGUCAGGAAGUCUCAAACAAUUUCUACUCCUCUUUCUGCAAUUCUCAUUGGGGUGAGAGAAGGCCCAGGAGGAGAGAGAGCUGGGCUCAGCUACGUUUUGAGCUGCUGGAGCCCUCUGUGAGGAGGCCCUCUUUGCUGGCUUCUCAGGAGAAUGUGGCUAAGUUCUGCCUGCCUAUGGGAAGAGGGGGCCAGGGUGUGUGGAGCAAGAUGGUGGUGGCGCUGGUGCCUUGGGACCUGGGGGAAUGGGACAGCUGGUUGGUUCAGAGACGGCCUACUUUACUCACAGCUGGAAUUUAGUGGGGAGAAGCAGCUCAACUCCAAUCCUGGAGGAUUAGGGAGAUUAAAGUGAGAGAAGAGAGAGAUGUCCCAGAGACCAAGAGCUCCCAGGUCAGCACUCUGGCUCCUGGCACCCCCACUGCUGCGGUGGGCACCCCCCCUCCUUACAGUGCUGCAUAGCGACCUCUUCCAGGCCUUGCUGGACAUCCUGGACUGUUAUGAGGCUUCCCUCUCAGAGAGUCAGAAAUACCGCUACCAAGAUGAAGACACGCCCCCUCUGGAGCACAGCCCGGCCCACCUCCCCAACCAGGCCAAUUCUCCCCCAGUGAUUGUCAACACAGAUACCCUAGAAGCCCCAGGAUAUGUGAACGGGACCGAGGGGGAGAUGGAAUACGAGGAAAUCACAUUGGAAAGGGGUAACUCAGGUCUGGGCUUCAGCAUCGCAGGUGGCACUGACAACCCACACAUCGGUGACGACCCAUCCAUUUUCAUCACCAAGAUCAUUCCUGGUGGGGCUGCGGCCCAGGAUGGCCGCCUCAGGGUCAACGACAGCAUCCUGUUUGUAAAUGAAGUGGACGUGCGUGAGGUGACCCACUCAGCGGCGGUGGAGGCCCUCAAAGAGGCAGGCUCCAUCGUUCGCCUCUAUGUCAUGCGCCGGAAGCCCCCGGCUGAGAAGGUCAUGGAGAUCAAGCUCAUCAAGGGGCCUAAAGGUCUUGGCUUCAGCAUCGCAGGGGGCGUAGGGAACCAGCACAUCCCAGGAGAUAAUAGCAUCUAUGUAACAAAGAUCAUCGAAGGGGGUGCUGCCCACAAGGAUGGGAGGUUGCAGAUUGGAGACAAGAUCCUGGCGGUCAACAGUGUGGGGCUAGAGGACGUCAUGCAUGAAGAUGCUGUGGCAGCCCUGAAGAACACGUAUGAUGUUGUCUACCUAAAGGUGGCCAAGCCCAGCAAUGCCUACCUGAGUGACAGCUAUGCUCCCCCAGACAUCACAACCUCUUAUUCCCAGCACCUGGACAAUGAGAUCAGUCACAGCAGCUACCUGGGCACCGACUACCCCACAGCCAUGACCCCCACUUCCCCUCGGCGCUACUCUCCAGUGGCCAAGGACCUGCUCGGGGAGGAAGACAUUCCCCGAGAACCGAGGCGAAUUGUGAUACACCGGGGCUCCACGGGCCUGGGCUUCAACAUCGUGGGUGGCGAGGACGGUGAAGGCAUCUUCAUCUCCUUUAUCCUGGCCGGGGGCCCUGCAGACCUCAGUGGGGAGCUGCGGAAGGGGGACCAGAUCCUGUCGGUCAACGGUGUUGACCUCCGAAAUGCCAGCCACGAGCAGGCUGCCAUUGCCCUGAAGAAUGCGGGUCAGACGGUCACGAUCAUCGCUCAGUAUAAACCAGAAGAGUACAGCCGAUUCGAGGCCAAGAUCCACGACCUUCGGGAACAGCUCAUGAACAGCAGCUUGGGCUCAGGGACUGCGUCCCUGCGGAGCAACCCCAAAAGGGGUUUCUACAUCAGGGCCCUGUUUGAUUACGACAAGACCAAGGACUGCGGCUUCCUGAGCCAGGCCCUGAGCUUCCGCUUUGGGGACGUGCUGCAUGUCAUCGAUGCUAGUGAUGAGGAGUGGUGGCAGGCACGGCGGGUCCACUCUGACAGUGAGACCGAUGACAUUGGGUUCAUCCCCAGCAAACGGCGGGUUGAGCGACGAGAGUGGUCAAGGUUAAAGGCCAAGGACUGGGGCUCCAGCUCUGGAUCACAGGGUCGAGAAGACUCGGUUCUGAGCUACGAGACAGUGACGCAGAUGGAAGUGCACUAUGCUCGCCCCAUCAUCAUCCUUGGGCCCACCAAGGACCGCGCCAACGAUGAUCUUCUCUCCGAGUUCCCCGACAAGUUUGGAUCCUGUGUUCCCCAUACGACACGGCCCAAGCGGGAGUAUGAGAUAGAUGGCCGGGAUUACCACUUUGUGUCGUCCCGGGAGAAAAUGGAGAAGGACAUUCAGGCGCACAAGUUCAUUGAGGCCGGCCAGUACAACAGCCACCUCUAUGGGACCAGCGUCCAGUCCGUGCGAGAGGUGGCAGAGCAGGGGAAGCACUGCAUCCUCGAUGUCUCGGCCAAUGCCGUGCGGCGGCUGCAGGCGGCCCACCUGCACCCCAUCGCCAUCUUCAUCCGCCCCCGCUCCCUGGAGAAUGUGCUAGAGAUUAACAAGCGGAUCACAGAGGAGCAAGCCCGCAAAGCCUUCGACAGAGCCACCAAGCUGGAGCAGGAGUUCACAGAGUGCUUCUCAGCCAUCGUGGAGGGUGACAGCUUUGAGGAGAUCUACCACAAGGUGAAGCGUGUCAUCGAGGACCUCUCAGGCCCCUACAUCUGGGUUCCAGCCCGAGAGAGACUCUGAUUCCUGCCCUGGCUUGGCCUGGACUCGCCCUGCCUCCAUCACCUGGGCCCUUGGUCUGAACUGAAUUGCCCAAGCCCUUGGCUCCCCCCGGCCUCCCUCCCACCCCUUCUUAUUUAUUUCCUUUCUAACUGGAUCCAGCCUAUUGGAGGGGGGACACUCCUCUGCAUGUAUCCCCGCACCCCAGAACCGGGCUCCUGAACGCCAGGAACCUGGGGUCUGGGGGGAGCUGGGCUCCUUGUUCCGAGCCUUUGCUCCUUAGGGUCCCCGCCCCCGCCCGCCCCCACUGCACACACAGACCCACCGGGGGCCACCUGCCCUCCCCCAUCCUCUCCCACACACAUUCCAGAAGUCAGGGCCCCCUCGAGGAGCACCCGCUGCAGGGAUGCAGGGCCACAGGCCUCCGCUCUCUCCUAAGGCAGGGUCUGGGGUCACCCCUGCCCUCAUCGUAAUUCCCCAUGUCCCUUGAUUUCUCAUUUAUUUUUUCCACUUUUUUUUCUUCUCAAAGGUGGUUUUUUGGGGGGAGAAGCAGGGGACUCCUCCGCAGCGGGCCCCUGCCUUCCACACGCCCCCACCUUUUUUCUUUGCCGGUUUGCAUGAGUGGAAGGUCUAAAUGUGGCUUUUUUUUUUUUCCUGGGAAUUUUUUUGGGGAAAAGGGAGGGAUGGGUCUAGGGAGUGGGAAAUGCGGGAGGGAGGGUGGGGGGCAGGGGUCGGGGGUCGGGUGUCCGGGAGCCAGGGAAGACUGGAAAUGCUGCCGCCUUCUGCAAUUUAUUUAUUUUUUUCUUUUGAGAGAGUGAAAGGAAGAGACAGAUACUUGAAA